AACUUUUAUCUUUCUUGAGUUUAUUCAGUUAGAAUCUGUUUGAUUGACCAACGCUCUACAUAAUAUAGCUUUGCUUUUCUAAAGCAAUGAGUUAUCGUAAGGCUGUGCAAAGUUCAUUCUGUAUGGAUGAAGGUUACACCCUGCCACCAAGACUAGCUUCGGAUGCAGUACAACUACUACCGCCUGUUGUUUCCUCUACAGAAAGAUCUGCUGUUGAUAUGCCUCUAGACGAAUGUUUACGUCUCUUCAGAACUGUGGCACAAACAACGUUAAUAAAUAACAUUCGCCAUGAGUUGAAUACCAAGAAAAGACCGAACCUCAAUGCACUUAUUCCAAGAGGUCUUUAUGCUGAGAUGGACACUUUGGGUAAUUUAGAACUACAAGGAUCUGCAAGCCGUUUUACACAUGAUAACAACCUGCUAUUUACGGGAACUAAAGGAUACCAAGACUUUGUUGAACAAAACUUUGAUACCAUUGCUCAAUCUAUCAAAGAUUCUACUUCCGAAGAAGAGGUCUCUAAUGAACCAGUUGAGCUUAUUGCUGAAGCUGCAAAAACCAUAUUUGCCCAGGACAUUGAUUUUGGCAGUCAAAGCAUGCAGCAUAGGCAUCGCCUUGCUACUGUGAAGAAGAAGAAUAUUAGAUUGAUUGUAGCUGAGAGGGAGUUGUCUGAGUAA